CUGAAGCGGGAGUGGCGGUGUUUCUGGGAUUUCAUAUUUGCUCAGAAUGGACUUCCAGUCGGCCAUGGAAACUUUCGCAGAAGCCUGGGUCGCUGCGAACACACAAACUCCACUUACCGAAGCCGCUGAAGCUCAGAGCCUGACAAUAAAUUCUGGAGGCAACAGUACUGCACCUCCCACGGGGGGAGGUGGUACCACAACGGGGGGCGGAAGUGGAGGAGGGGGGGUGCCAGGCAGUGGUCCUGCGACGCCCCCCCUGCCACCCCACGGUUCCCCAGCAGAGGACCAAGACCGCAACAGCAGCAGCUGCGAAGCCCCAACCACGAGCCGGCCUUCAUCUUCCUUGGCUGGAAAGUCGUUACCUGUCCAUUGUGUCCUGGAACGAGUGCCCAGCCCACAAACGGAGAACCAACAGCCGUGCGUGGAAGUCGACUCCUACGCCAUCGUUCCCUGCGCGGCCCUCUUCAGCGACCUGGUUCGAACGGCGCUCAGCAAGUUAGGCUAUUCGCCCUGCGAGGCUACAUGUGCCAAAGGGGUGAUCCAGAUAAAGAACUGGAAGCCUCUGGCCUUUGAACAAAUCACGGAGCUCCCAGAAGCCACUGUAGGGGACAUCCUAGGGGACCUUCAAGGAGCUACUCUCAGGAUAAGACUGUACAGUCGACCCAAACGCAAUGUGGUGAACGAUGUGAAAGAGAAGCUGCUCCAGGUUCUGCUGGCUCAGUCGCACUCUUUGCUUGUCAGCUCUGGCUGUCCCAUUGACCAGCCAACGCUUGCAGCCCUGAGCAAGGGAAAGACUGAGUGGGAGAUCUCGGAAGAGACUCGAAAGAAGUUUGACCAGUGGUACCUGCACCAAGUGUUCCAACACUGCAGGCAGGUGGCAUUACUGCAGCACCAGUUGCAACAGCAGCAGCAACAGUUGCACAGCCAGCAGCAGCAGCAGCAGCAGCAUCAGCAACACUCCCCUCAACAGCCCAGGCUCUUACAGAUCUCCCUUUCCCCCGUGCCUGUCUCCCACGCCCCAAGUGCUCACCAGUUGGUCCCGGUGACAACAGCAAUCACAACACCGUCGUCUUCUUCAUCUCGGACUCGAAUUCGAACCUCGUUUGAUCCAGAACUAGAACUGCCCAAGCUGCACAGGUGGUUCGCUGAGAACCAGCACCCGUCGAGGCUCAUGAUACAGCAAUACGUGCGCGAGCUAAAUGCGCUGGACUCGCGGAGGGGACGCAAGCCACUCGACGUCAACAACGUUGUGUACUGGUUCAAGAACGCCCGGGCAGCUCACAAGAGGGCAGAGCUCAAAUUUGCUGCAGCUGCUUCCACUGUCAGUGCUGCACCAGCUGCGGGCAAUGGGAUUUUGCGUGGCCUCCCGCAUGGCUGGGACUGCAUGUUGGAUUCCACUCAAGACUCGGAAGACGGGAGCGGGUUUCGUCGGGUGAACGGCUUUGCGCAAGGGAACAAUGAUGCAAGUGGGAUGGAUGAGGAGUCCUGCGGAGAGUCGGGCAGUCCCGAAGCGACGUUGGACCUGUCGGUGAGAGGUCGGGAACGAAACGGGGAUUCUGUCAGCGUUAAGGAGGAACCGCCGGGCCCAGACUCCAGCAGUGAGAUGGAUGGGGAGGAGACAGCCAAUGAGAGCGAAGAGGAAGAAUGCACGGGAGCAGGUGGAGGGCGGCCAGAGGGAGGGGACGAAGAUGCUUUAGACAAAGAUGGAGGGUGUGGAACUCUGUCCGAUGAAAGGAGGAAGAGGAAUCGUACGUUCAUCGACCCGGUGACUGAAGUUCCGCGCCUAGAACAGUGGUUUUCCACCAAUACACAUCCAUCACACACGCAGAUCAUCCGGCACACGGAAGAGCUCAACUCAUUGCCUUACCGGCGACGGUUCCCUCGGUUGGAGCCAAGGAAUAUCCAGUUCUGGUUCAAGAACAGGAGGGCUAAGUGCAAACGACUAGCUGGGGGAACCAGGGGUCUGGGGGGAUCCCCCAAAGGGGCACAGGGGGACAAUCCUCCGUCCCUGUCGGAGUGACAGGGAGGACAGUUUCCCCCCCCCCGAGUGUGCGAGGUCCGACCGCUUCUAGGCUGUCUAGUCAGACGGGGGAUCAGGCUGAGGAUACCAAAGACCUACCUCAGAUAUUUUGCCUUUGCUUUCUUCUCCUCGGAAGGGAAUCAAAAAAGCCUCUCUCUCUUUCUUUCUUUCUCUCAGUCAUCGACUUGCAACGUCGCAAAACUGAAGGUUGCCGUGUCUCCAUUUCUUCAAGGGAUGUGUGUGUGUGCGUGUGUCUGUCCAUGUGCACAAAGAUUUCAAUCAUACUCACAUGGGCAACAUUUCACUUUUUUCUUUCUUUUUUUUUUUUUCAUUUUAGCUUUCAUGUACAAGAUGCCGCAGCACUCGCUCGACGAAUGGCGACAGAAGUACGGCGUGAGUUGCGUGUUUUUAAUUUUAGCGUAGGAAAGCCAUGGGCAGGUCAACAAAAAACAAUAAAAUACAAAACAAGUACUUACUAAUGCUGUUCUAUGUACACCAUAAGUACAUUAGCUUAUUUCUGUGAUUCAACUUCAAUAUUUAAACUGCCCCCGAAGUGAUGAGCACCGAAAUCUCGAAUGUACUGCCAUUCUCGAGAUGAGUGCAGCCACCGCAAACAGUUGGUCUCGCAUAAAACAUUGAGGUUCUCACUGCAUUUCUGUGGGGUAUCGUGCAUUACACCACACACUGGGUCAUUCCCGUUUUUAUGUUCCGGAACUUUUGUUGGGUGGUCAGGCACGUUCUGAAGACUUGCAUUUAUGUUUUGCCUGUGUUGUUAUGGUGGACUGGACAAUCACUUCCCAUUGUUGAUUAUGUAUUUACCACGGCCUGCUAGAUUAUAACGACCAUGCCAUAAUCGGCAACCCCUAUGACGAGCCCCUCCGCACGAUCCACUAGGGGCGCUACUCAUCGGCCCGCGAGAUCUGUGUCAUGAUUGGACAAGGACGCACAACUACCGUAGCAGAUGACAGCAACAGCUCUUAUGAAAACGAAUAGAAUGAUGAGGAUAAUAAACUUUAGAAAGAAGCACCUCUCUUGGGACAUCCACCGCUUGUACAAAAAUACUAAGGUAAGAUGAAGUACAAAGUAUUGCAGAAAUUGAGGAAGCAAUAACCGAGUCGAUAAGUAGCGCCACCGCUAGCUUCCAAAUGCAGCGCUGGGAAGGGUUGCCUAUAUGACAUGGUCAUCAUAAUCUAGUAGGUCAUGGUACUUACACAGCCAUUCUUGCUACUGCACAAGCACACAUGUGAGCAGUAUAUAGGAUGUGCACAGAUUUCUGUGCAGGUUCAAUCCUGUGUGCAUGCAGUCUCCUGCAAACUAUGCAAAUAACAAGCAAGACAUCGUCAUAAUAGGUCAGGUUCAUGUUACUGAUGCUCACAAUGCAAUAACAUAAUGGCCCUGAUUGCCAUCUCAACAGUUGUUAUCUACCAGGUGCUUGUACUGCUUUAAACUGAUUUCUUAAGGGAUUCUAUUUAUUAAGUUUUCAGUGAUGAGCAUUUUAUGUUAUAGUUACUAUGUAUCUUAUCACAGAGGUCAUCACCUGGAGAGCAUCCAAAUUUUGUACUUUUACACGCAAUUAUGUUUUAGCGAACACUUUCUUAGUAGCUAUUUAAUAUAGCUUCCAAUGACAUAGCAGCCAAUUGCUUUGCCUCUUAUUUGCUUGCACAUAUUUUGGAGUGAUGAAGGAUUUGAAGUUCUGGAAAUUUUGGAUGUUUUGCAUAAAUUUGAUUUCGGUACUGCGGAAUGGUGCAUGUGGCAGUGUCACAAACAGCUUUGGUUGCUUUAGUUUUAAAUGUAAAUAUUUGUUCAGUACUAUGACACAUUAUGUGUUGCUCAUGCUUGAGUACAUGGCAUACUGUAUGUGCAAAAGGUAUCUUCAAGUACCUUUCUAAAAGGUAAUUAUGAGGAAUCAUAAAUGUGCAACAGAAGUGCAAUUUUGUGCAUUCCAACAGUUUCCUUUCUCGCAAUACUAGAACAAUCUGCAAUACAAUGCAUAAUUUUCAUUCACAAUAAUUUAGGUUUCCUACUGGGCGAUUAGAUGCUUCAUUUUGCAUUAGCAUGACAUAUUCUAUGUAAUAUAACCCGAGUGAUGAAUGUAUCUUCACAAGAUUAUUUCUUUGGUGCAUACGAAAACCAUAAAAAAAACUGCUUCAUUGUAGUCCAUGGGUUUAUAGAGCACAGACAACUGUAAUCAACAUUAACGUUGUGUUUACUCCUCCCAGCUCUGGACUGCACAGUCGGUUUCCUAGUCAGCUUUGUGUUGCAUACUCUUACGUUUCGUUUGUCUUCGUAGCAAUAAGUACUACAAUAAUUCACUGUAGUACAUGGCCCCAUCGGCGGAAACUGGAGGGAGUUUUUAGUGAAACAUUGUCAUUAGGUACACAAGAUAAACAAAAACAAUGCUGCUUUUAAUGCCCUGUGUUGGAUAUGUAUAUAUGGUAAAAACAUAGCUUUAUUUGUUACCUGGUAUAAAAAUGUUUUGAUAUGGAUGGACACUGCAAUGCGAGACUGGAGGGACAAUCCCUACACCCACCUGCACCCUUAGAACUUCCAAGCAAUAUCCAAGGAGGCACUAUUUAAAAAUGUCCUACUUUUCGUCACUUGUUUCGUCCAUCUUUAUGUGUAAUCACCACUUACUUUGAGAAUAGUAUUUACAACACAUCUGCUCCUUGAAGUAAUAAGGCAACACAAUAAUUGUUAACGACGGAUGUACAAUACCAAUUUUUACUAACGCGUUGUGUUGUCUUUUUUUAAAUGUUAAAUCUCACUCCUACAUCCCGUUUUUCUCACGAACAAUUCAAAGCAAUAAAGUUUUGGGUCACAAAACACUGUAGGAGGGCUCAAUUUGUAGGUAGAAUGUGGCCAGAGAAAUAGCACUGAACUAAUGGGAGAUAGCAGUUGCUUUUAGUGGUGUGUAUGUGUGCGCGUGUAUACCGGUGAUUUUUAGAGUGUGCUCCGAGAUUUUCCGAGGCUCCCUCUUCUGCCUGUUGUGAUACUGCCGGGAAAUGCUGAGCGCUUGAACACCUCUCUGUCACACAGUGACACGGAGACUAGACUUGCUUGUGCAAUGUUGAAAAUAUACUCAUAGUUCUUGUUUCAAGCUUUCUUUAUGUCUCGAAUGCAUAUUUGUUUUCCUGUUUUGUUUGCAACAAUAAAACAGAUGUUCUUUCACUA